AGCCUAUGGUAUCAACCGCGCUAGCGUUGAAAGUUUCAAAGAAAGUGGACACCAAACGUCUUCCCAGCUUGUCCUCAAUGUGAGUGAAAAAAUACCUCACUAACUUCGUUUGACUCAGAAAGGCUGCACUUACGAACGACUGAGAGUCAGCUUAAAAAUGAUGACUAUCUUGACUAUCUGCAAAUUUCUACUCAGCAGGAGUGACAAAGCAGGGACUACGGGACUCAGAUGAGUGGUUGGCUGCGUUUCCGCAUCUGAUCACAGCUGGACAGAUAAGCUUCAACAGACGAGCGGGACGUCGUAAAGAGGAUCAGAGAGGGUUGUCGUGUUGCUGGUAUCACUGCCGGCUGAUCUACGGGCCUUUACAUUUUUCAGUAAGGCUACUAGCAGCUGGUGAUCCUGAUCUUCAGCCUUACCCCGAGUAGGUCACCACCGAGGUGACACAGGAGGUCUGGACGGUCCUGAUGUGGAAUUUGACCUGAACUGACCCAGUCCCACAAGUAGUCUUUCGCUGAGAAAGGAGAAGAAGAAAAGAGGUACAGGAGCGACAGAAGAAAGGAGGAAGAAAAGGGAGAGCGGCUGCUCAGUGACUGUUCCUGAAGGAUGCCAGUGGAGACGCUGAGGCCCUCAGACGGCCGCCUGGCUGGAGUGGCCUUCACCUCAGUCAGACCCUUCAGAAUACUCAACAAGGGUCCCAACUACUUCCGCCCACCCCCUGAGCCCGGGACCCGCAAGCUCAGCGCCGUGGAGCGCCUGGAGGCUGAUAAGGCCAAGUACGUUAAGAGCCAGCAGGUGGCCCUCACACGUCAGGCCCCCAUCCAAGCCCCAGUCAUCCGCAAGCCCCUCGUUCCCCCAGCGCUGAUGCCACAGGGCCACAUUGGAACCCCAACGGCCCGGAAAGUUCCCCGUUGCCUGGGUGAUGUGGAGAACAGAGGAGGCAGAGAGGUGUCGGGGGAGAGAAGACCUUUUAACUUGGAUAUCCUGAAUAAUCUAAUCAGUGACGUAUGUGAUGGAACGCAGUCAUCUUCUUCCACCUCCCCCUCCUCAUCAUCUCCAUCUUCAGGGGUUAAGAGCAUCUGCAGCAGCCUAUCUGCAGAGCAGGACAAGAGCAACAGACUCCUUAACAACCUCAAACCCCUGAACCACGGUACCAACAAUUCUUCAUCCACCUCUUCUUGUAACUCUUCUCUGCUUAGCAAUAACCUUUGCCCCCCUGCAGCAGAACUUUCCCGUCGUCCACCCCCUGUCCCAGCACGGGUCUCACGGGGGGUUCCAGUCCCCUACAGCGUCCCUAACUCUGUGACUGUGCGCAGGGUGGAUGUUCGGCCUCACGCUGAGAUGAAGAAGCCACUGAGAGCGGCACUGCUGCCCCACCUCAGACCCAGACAGAUCCCCCAGGGUCAGGUCGCACAUCCCCAGCUUCCACCUCCACCGCCCCCUCCUCAAUCACAGAAUCAACCUCAGCCUCCCUCCAAGGUUAACACCUCAUCACAAACUCUGCCCUCUCCUCCAGUCUAUCUGCCCCCCAGCCCGAUGCUGGUCCGAGCAGGAAUGAUCCCACCAGCCUCCCCUGCUUUCACACGCAUUUCCAACGCCAGCUCCAAGGGCUCCUCCCGCAAGCACCCGUCCCUGCACCGCUCCAAGUCGGACCUGAGCGACCGCUACUCGCGCGCCACGGCCGACCUGGAGCGCUUCUUCAACUACUGCGGGCUGGACUUGGAGGAGGUGGAGGGGCUGGGCGGCAUGGAGCGCUUCACCCGGGCCAACUCAGACAUUGUGUCCGUCUCCAAGCUGCGCAGCGUCAGCACGCCCAGCUCAGAGUGCGGGGAUGACGCAGAGCGGAUGAGGGAGUACGGAGGGGAAGAGGAGGACGACGAGGACGGGCCCCUGAGGAUGAACGAAAGAGUCCCCUAUGGGAUCUCGGUCAUUGAGAGGAACGCACGAGUCAUCAAGUGGCUGUAUGGCAUCCGGCAGGCAAGAGAGGCAAACAGCGGCGUCUCCAACGUAUAGACUGAUGAUGGCUCGUUUGUUCAUGUUACGUUGCCUCUCAUCAAUGUUCUGGAUCCUCUGGUGGCUUGUCUUCUGUUUCCAGAUGGACUCACUUUUAUUGGACAUUAAACAUCAGACCUUUUAAGUUCAUGUUCACAGGCUGCAAGUCAGGACUGCAACUGGACAAUGCAUCGGCCCGUUCUUUAAGUUGAUCUUAUUGAUAUUCGCAAGCAAUAACAGGUUGUUGUAAAUGCUGGUGAAAAUGAAGGAUGGCUGCAGUUGUUGAUAAAGGUACUGCAUGUGUGUGUGUGUGUGUGUUUUUAUACCAGAGAGUUUGGCCCAAGACUGCCAGAAAGUUGCACAGCACAGAGACUAUUGAAGCCGAGCAGGAAGAGAACCACGCUCAUACUGUGAAACCUAAAAAUAAAGCUUCCAAAAACCAUGUGCAGAUUUUUAAAAGUUACACAAAAGGUUGGCUGUAAGACUGUUAUAAAUGUUUCAUUUAGCAUGCAAGUAAACCGUUUGUAUACAUUAUACUGUAGCACGUGUCAUAUCAAAAAGAAGGGAAAAACCUCCCCCAGCUUCUAGGUUCACAGCACAUCCAGUCACAGGGAGUCUUUAUCUGAUCGCAGCGUUUACGUAUUGCGUGUGCGUGCCUGCCUCUGAUGCAGCCUUGGAUUACGCUGCACUGGUGCAGCCGGGAAAAUCGGUUUACCGCGUGCGACUUGGCACGGAGGAAAGAGCAAGUCAUAUGAUGAAGGAUGAUCUCACAAGCCGACUGUUGAAGCAAGUGGAGAGUUUGUUGUAGUCUCAAGCAAAUCAAAAGACAUGAUUGAGGAUGGCUGAAAUGAGAGUGCCCUUUGACCAGUGGUGCAUGAAUAUGUUGGUGGGUCUGAGAGUGUCUCAGGAAGAUGGUAAAGCAAUAAACACAUGGACCAAUAUUUAUUUGGAAAAUGUAACUUAAGAUAUUUUUUGCUAAAGUAUGACUUUGUGUACAGAGAUCAGGCUGCGGUCUGAGGCUAAAUCCGAUGGUAUUUACUUCAAGUACAUUAUACCGUAUGUAGGUUCACCUUUAAAUGCACAUGCAGACACAUUCAGUGAGCAAACACAAAGGAUGCAAUGUGUUGGCUGCUGCUCUGCAUGGAGGACUAGAUAAGCUAUUGUGUAUUUAUUAGACUUCCUGUUUGUUGCAGUGGACAGAAAAGGGCACCACCCCCUGUUUCUGCUUCCAGUGAACUGUUCAGGGUUUCCAGUUUGGAGCAGCAGUUAGGUCUUCCUCACAUGUGAAGCUGCAGCCGUAGCGUGCAGCGGCAAUCAGAUCAGAGAGCUGCAGAACUCCACAGCAACAUUCAAGAACAAAGGGUGCGUUUUUUUAAUCAGGCACUGAAUGCCCAAAGAGUCUUCAGAUUAGAGGUCCGAAAUGCUUUACAGUGGUGUAUCCCGAAUCAUUAAUAAAAAAUGUUUGUAUAUUA